AAGCAGUCAAGACUUAAACCCGAGCCCUUCGUACACCUCCACACGCACACAUACAGAAAGAGGAGAGGAAGAGCAACUUUUCCUCCCAACACUCAACCAUGAGUAGCAUCGGAUAUGACCCUUACUACUCCACCUCAUCGUACAGACGCUAUUUUGCCGAGCCUCCUGCACGUGUGGUGGUAACUAGAGGGAGGACCCACUCUGGUUUCUCUACUCAUGCAUCCCCACUGUCUUCCUCCCGUCUGCAGUACUCCUCUCCUGGCCGUGUGCUCUACUCUUCUUCCUCAUCAGCCGCUUCCCUGGAGCUGGAACUCAGCCAAGCGGCCCAGAUCAGCUCCGAGUUCCGAGCUGUACGCACACAAGAGCGCAGCCAGCUGCAGGACCUUAAUGACCGUUUUGCCGGUUUCAUCGAGAGAGUGCGUGAGCUGGAGCAGCAGAACCGUGCCUUGGAGGCAGAACUGCUGCUGCUGAGGCAAAGGCACUCUGAGCCAUCCCGCCUGAGAGCACUGUAUGAGCAAGAGGCCCGGUCCCUGAGAGCAGCUGUGGAUGAAGCUAGGGCAGAACAACAGGCUGUCCUAAGUCAGAGAGAGAGGCUGGAGCAAACCCUGAGUGCUCUGCAGGGUCGAUAUGAGCAGGAGGUGUUGGCUCGUGAAGAAGCUGAGGGCAAGCUGAUGGAGGCCCGUCGUGAGGCCGACGAGGUUGCCUUAGCAAAGGCUGAGCUGGAGAAAAGUGUGGAAAUCCUGCUGGACGAGCUGGCCUUCCUCAAGAGGAUUCAUGAGGGUGAGGUGGUUGAACUUCAGGCCCAAGUCCAGCUGGGUGUGCAGGUGGCUGUGGAAUCUGAGGCUGCCGCUCCGGACCUCUCUGGGGCUCUCAGGGACAUCCGGUCCCAGUAUGAAAGGCUGGCUGCCAGGAACAUGCAGGCAGCUGAAGAGUGGUUCAGAAGCAAGGUAGGCUCCCUGACUGAAACUGUGGCCCAGCACACUGAUGCUGUGAGAAGCUCCAAGGACGAAGCAGGAGAGUACCGACGCCAGCUACAAGCCCGCGUACUGGAAAUCGAUGCAUGCAGAGGCCUCAAUGAAUCCCUGGAAAAACAGCUGCAUGACAUGGAGGAGAAACAGAGUGCAGAGAUAGCAGCUAUGCAGGAUACCAUUGGAGAACUGGAGAGUGAGCUGAGGGGCACUAAACAGGAAAUGGCACGCUACCUGAAGGAGUACCAGGACCUUCUGAAUGUCAAGAUGGCUCUGGACAUCGAGAUUGCUGCAUACAGGAAGCUCCUGGAAGGGGAGGAGUCUCGCUUCAGCGUAGGCAUGGCUGGGGGAGUGUCCCCGUUGUACAGCCACAGUUUGUCAGCGCCCUCUUUCGCUAGGCCUGUCUUCUCCAGCCUGAGCUCUGGCACCUCCUACCUGAUGACCUCACGCCUGCUCAGCUCCAGUGUCAGCACCACUGAAGGCAUCAUCUCUGCCAGUCACGCCCAACAAGCAGAGGCCAGCCCACCUGGUGAGGAGGAGGUGGAAGAGGAGGAAAAGGAGGAAGAGGAAGCUAAGGAAGAAGAGGUGGGAGAAGAAACAGAGGAGAAAAAAGAUGAAGAGGAAGGUGGGGAGGAGGGUGAGAAAGAAGAUGAAGCUAAGGAAGUAGAGGAAGAGGAUAAGGAAGAAGGCGAGGGUGGUGAUGAAGAGGAGCAAAAGGAAGAUGCAGCAGAAGCUGCUGAAGAUGAAGGAGAGAAAGAGGGAAAAGAUGAAGGGGAGGAAACUGAAACACAAGAGGAGGCAAAAGCAGAAGGAGCUGAUGACAAAGAAGAUGAUACAAAAGAUGAAGCACAAGAGCAGGAGGAAGAAGUUCAAAAGAGUGAGGAGAAAGAAGAUAAAGCUGAUGCCAAGAAGGAAGACAAAGCCGAUGACAAAGACAUGAAAGCUGCUCCGAAAAAAGAUGACAAAGCCGAAGCAAAAAAGGAGAAAGAUGAAGAGAAAGCUGCCCAACCUGAGCCAGCUGAAGAGAAGAGCACAAAGGAUAAAAAGUAAACCGUUAUGGUCAAAACAGUCCACAAAAAAACUGCAGCUUAAAGACAGGUAGAGGCAACAGCGCUGUCCUCUUAGAUCUGCUUGUUAACAUGGUGCUCAAUAACACAGUCCAACAGCCAUUUAAAGCAACAAAUCAAGGUUAAAUGCUUACCAAUGUUCCAAAUAGCCCAUAAAGGUCUUGUUGCACAGUUCUGAGUGAAUGUAAUUGUAUGUGUGUGAGAGUUCUGGUGGGUAAAUAAAUUAUUCUUAA